AGAGAGGGGGAAAGAAAGGAAAGGAAUGGAAGGAAAGAAAGUGACCCUACAGAACUGAACCGGCGUUGCGACCAAGUGUGUUUUGUGUUUUUUGUGGUUUCUGUGCUGACUAGGACAUCGGGUUAACGGGUCAGGCCCAGUGGUUUGUUUUUGGUGGGUUUUGUAGUGCGAAAAUGGGCUUGUUCACUGUCUCAGAAUUCUGGUUUAAUCUUUUUCCACAGAAUUGACUGACUCUGAAUUUGGGUCAGUCAAUUUUGCUUGUACAGAUUUUCUGCUUGGCCAUUUGAUCCGAAAUUAAAGGCAGAUCUAAAAAUCGACUGACCCAGAAUUAUUUUUCAGGCGACUGGCGCCUAGCCAGUCCCUAAAAGGAGACUACCUUGCAACCAAGUAUGAAUGUACGAAUGAUUUUGCAUAAAGUGCGCCGAAAGUGUUGCAUGUCACGUGAGGGCUAGAAAUAUAUAAAUUCCCAGUGGUACGUAGGUACCAGUCAUAACACAGGCAUGAAACUAGCCUUAGGCAUGGACGCGUGAAGCGAGCCACGCAGUGUGCUGGCUGCACGAGCACGACAUGAUCGUGCUGCAGUAUAUAUGUAACGCUUCCAUCACCCGUCAAAGUCCAGAGCCCAUCAAACCUGCCAUUUUUCGGAGCUCCAGCAUCAGCAGCUACCUGUUGCCUCGUACGUCGAUCAGAUGGGCUGCGAGAACAAGGAGGCGGCUGCCCUGGUGAAGAAGAUCGCCGGCCUCCACGCCGCCAUCUCCAAGCUGCCGUCGCUGAGCCCGUCUCCCGAGGCGGACGCGCUGUUCACCGCCCUCGUGGCCGUGUGCACCCCACCGAGCGCCGCCGUCGACGUGGCCACGCUGGGCCCGAGGGCCCGGAGGAUGCGGGCCGACCUCGUCCGCCUCUGCGCCGACGCGGAGGCGCGCCUCGAGGCGCACUGCUCCGACGCACUCGCCGCCCUCGACGCCCCGCUCGACCACCUCAGGCUCUUCCCCUACCACGACAACUACGUCCGGCUGGGCGAGCUGGAGCACGCGCUGCUGUCCCGCCACGCGCCGGACCACCUCGCGGUGCCCGCGCGCGUCGCGUUCGUCGGGUCCGGCUCGCUGCCGCUCAGCGCGCUCCUGCUCGCCGCACGCCACAUGCCGGACGCGGCCGUCGACUGCUUCGACCGGUGCGGCGCGGCCAACGAGCGCGCGCGGAGGCUGCUGCUCCGCGGGAACGACGGCGGCGGCGCGGCCUCGCGCAUGACGUUCCGCACGGCGGACGUCGAGGAGCUGACGCACGAGCUCGCCGCCUACGACGUGGUCUUCCUGGCGGCGCCCGUCGGGGUGACGCCGGAGGAGAAAGCCCGCGUGAUAGCGCACCUCGGCCGGCACAUGGCCGCCGGCGCCGCCCUCGUCGUGAGGAGCGCACACGGUGCCCGUGGCUUCCUGUGCCCCGUUGUGGAGCCCGCGGAGGUCAGGCGGGGCGGGUUCCAGGUGUUGGCCGUGCACCAUCCCGAUAAUUCCGAGAUGGUCUACUCCGUCAUUGUCGCACGUAAAGGUUACCUCGAGCUCGUGCCACCGGCGGUGAGCCCGCCGUGCAACUGCUGCGAGGUGGAGAAGGCGCGCGGCAGUGUGCCGUCAACGAGCUGCCACCUUGAUGCCAUGGACGAAAUCCGGAGGCGCGCGUGGUGAUUGAAAUCCACAGGGGUAGGCUUUGUUAGUUCAAACUUCAAAGUCGGACUCGUCUUGAGCCUUCGAUCUAAAAGCAUGGUGUGACUGGAAGUCAGCCUACACCCUAUAUUUUUUGUGAGAAUGAGACACCAGUCGUCUGUAACGGUGGUGAGUACCCAAAAACACCAGUUGUUUGUAAUGGUGAUAAGCGUCGAAAUAAAGUGAAAAUGCCAAUUUGAGCCACGGAAAGACGCUAUGCGGACGCCACUAGGUGGUUUUUUUUCUAUUUCUCUUUUGCUUCCUUGGCUUGAUUGUGCUGUGGCCCCAGCAGUGGUAUGUCGAGUGUUGUUGAACUUGGAUUGUAUGAAUCGUUGCUUUAUUUAUAAAACGGGGCGAAAGCCUAUUUCAAGAGAGCCAGGGCAAGAGUGAGCCGCAAACGAAUAAGUAAAUUUAUCGGAACCGGUAGCUAGCAGUGAAGAAUCGGCCGUUCCUUGCUUCUCUGAGUUCGUGACAACUUUCUAUGUGUAAAGUUAAAAAAUGUUUUGCUCAUCAGACAAGACCCGUUUUGGAUACAUUUUGGCUAAUUUCAAGUUUACAAUUUCAGUCAGUGUUUCACGUUACAAAAAAAGAUUUCACUCAUUUAAGAAAAGGAUUUCACUACUUGUAAAAUACCUAUUUCGCACAGUAGAAAACACGGAUUUUAGUUGUUUCAAAAAACUGGUUUCACUCAUUUCAGAAAGCUGAUCUCAAUCAUUCAAAAAACUCAUUUCUUUAUGUUCAAAAACCCAGUUUCACUCCUUUGAAGAAACUGAUGUCACUUUUUUCACUCAAUUUCAAAAACAUAUUUCACUCAGUUGAGAAAACAUAUUUUGAAAUUGAUUUCACUCGAUACAAA